AUGAAAUACAUAUCCUUUCAGCCUGGGCACAUCAUUUUUAAGGAGGGUCAACCUGCAAAUAACUUUUACAUAAUUUUAAAUGGAACAGUUCAUAUAUACUAAAAGAAGAAGUUUCUUUAAAUUGAGAUAGAAUAAUAUGUUGAAUAAUACUACAUGCUGGAUGAAUAAUAAAAGAAAAAUCACCAAAGAGAGAUAAUUGACAGAUUAAAUCAAAUCUUAACUUUUAAGUCUGCCAAUCAAAUUAAUAAUCACAUUUCAAAAUUAAGAUAAAUAAGGCAAUAUAAAGAUUACCUUAAGGAGACAGGUGAUCUUUAUCCCGAUUAAUUUAGUGAUAUCAAUUAUUUUUUUGAAUAAGGUGUUUUUACAUAAAAUUUGAUUACAAAAUAAUCAUAAGGAGAGGCAUUUGGGGAGCUUGGAUUAAUUUUAGAAUAACCGAGAUCAGCAACGGUAUUAGCAGCUGACUUUGUUGAAUUGGCUUAAGUUGAUGCUUCUUCCUAUAAAAUGAUAUUGUAAUCUGCUUAAGUUAGUUCUAUUAAUAAAAGGCUGCAAUUUUUAUAUGAACACUUUCUACCUUCAGAUACUAAACAAUAAACAGCUACUUAAUAUGCUUAUGAUUUUAAAAAGAUAAAAUUUACAAAAGGAAGAAUAAUUUACAAAUAAAAUGAAAUUUCUGAUUGUUUUUACAUAAUAUAUAAGGGAGAAGUGGAAUCAUAUAAAGUAAAUGAAAACCAAAGCGUAAAAAUCUCUCGAAUGGGAGUUGGUAAUAUUUUCGGAGCAAUUGAAUUUAAAACACAAGGGAAACGUGAAUACACUGUAAUAGUAGUAUCUGAAAAAGUAACACUAUUUUUACUUAAAUACUAUUAAUUUUAAAAAAUGCUGGAAGAAACUCAGAGUUUGUAAGAAUUAUUCGAAAAUCAUACACUUUAAAAAACUCAACUGUUGAAAGAUUAAAUAAAGAGAACAAUGAGUGUAAAAUUAAAAACAGAAUAGUUUGAAGGGAUUAAUUCUUAAAAGUCACUUCUAUAAUAAUAACAUUCAAAACAUUUUUAAUCCGAUCGAUUAUUAAAGAAAUUAGUCUCUUAGAUUGAUGAUUAUAAAAAGAAAGGAAUGAUUCCAACCAGAACUAGUUUUAUAAAAUAAUAAUAAUAACUAUAAUCAAGUCUAAUGAAUGUGUAAGAUACUCAUUUACAAAUGAAAUAAAUUACUUAUAAAAGAGCAUAUUUAAUGCCAAAUGAUGAAGAAGAUAAAUUAAAAAAAUAAUAAAAGUAAAGUAUAAUCUUACGAUCUAUGUUUAAUGAUAAGGAUACAUCUCAAGUAGAUAGAAAAUAAAUAAUCUCUUAUUAAUUAAUGAAGUCUCAUUCAAAAACCUAAUCUAAAUUAGAAUAAUUAAGAGCAGAUACUGAAGUUAGUGCAUUUAGCAUUUCUAAGACAGAUUGCAGUCUUGGAAAUUUGGAUAAGAGAAAAAAUUCAUCCCUCUCGCCUUCUAAAAAAAUAGUUGUUUCGACUAAGCACAAUUUAUUUCGAUCACGCCCUAACAAAUUUUUUUUAUUCUGUUAAAACUAUUUAAAUAGAACUAGAAAUUGCAAAGUGAUGGAAUGA